ACACUUGACGUAACAGGAAUGUCUCACAGCAGAUCUACAGCCAGUCCCGAAAGUAAAAUCAGCCGCAAAAGUCCUUGGAGUUUUAUGGCUAUCGGGUUAAUACAGUCUUCCCUCGCGACGUCGCUAACGUCAGUAAAACAGCUAGCUGACAGACUGGGUGGAAGGUGAAUUUGAAGCAGAGGGCCGUUCUGUUGGAACUUCGCUGAGUCCAGCAGCAGCUCAGCCGCGACCACACCCUCCCCGCUUCCUCAUAGUACUGCAGCGGGAGCGCGCAGCACGACUUCGAAUCUCCAGGAAUAACGGCCCCGUCUUCCAGCUACGUUUACUGUUUCGUGCCAGUGGAACUUCUCAGGACAAGUGAGUUAAACUUUCAAAGACCACGGAUGGAUAUGAGAAGAGAGUCCUCACAGAGGAUCUGCGGGGGUACACAGACUCUGGUGCCGAGUUAAGACGCGGAGGAGGAGGUGGAGGGCAGACACACGGACGAUGCUUAUGGAGUGGACGCGACCGGAGCAGCCGCUAACGUUAGCUUCCAACCCCGGGCUCUGUUUGAAAAAGAAGAGGUUGAAAGUGGAUUGCAGGGUUUGUGCUGUUUGUAGUCGUCAUUUCGGUGGGAUUUACUUGGGAGGACUCAUGAAAUGAUGGUGCUGGAGGGAAACACAAGUCUUGUCGCUGUCCAGAGGAGCUGCCCGGAUGGUGCCCCGUUUGUAACCAGCAUGAGUACGCCAGGCCGGUCAAACUCAUUGGGAACAAGUCGGACAAGAUCCCGGGGCUGUUUCAGGCUACUUGAUCUGAUGCAAAUGGACACGAAAUGAUAUGGUAUUGAUAUUAGUCAAAGAGACUGUAAAGCCAUCUGCUAAAUGUUGAGAUGAUGUUUUCUUGGCUGUAGUCACACAAAGACCCCAAGAAACGACAUCUAACGUUACAAAACUAGCACAGAGUCAUUUCAACAGAUGUAAGUCCAACUGGGAGCAUUCUUGUUUCAAACAGUAAGGAGCCUUUGACAUUAUUUUUCGUAUUCCCAAUUCGCACUUUGCUGUUAAGAAGGCACCUUGGUGGCACUGCAGUUGUGUGUGUGUGAUAUUUCUAAAUUCAACAGCCUGUGAAUUCUUCAGUGCCACGGAAACCUGGGACUACAAUAAGAAUAUUGACUUUUGGAUUAACAUUAUGUUGUUCAGGGCAUUUAAAUUAUUUGUCAAGAUAAAGCAUAUAUCAUAUUACACUGAUUACUCUGAAGUUGUGUGGAUUUUGAUUGACUGCCCUGCAUUGUAAAAUUACUAAUAACCAAGGCAGAUUAAACGGGGAUUUGCUAGACUAUAGUUUAGACUUCUACAAUACUAAAUUUUAGAGACACAAUAAUUAAUAAUGGGAAUGUCAUUCAAACAUAUUUAAAUGCAGUAAUUGAGUUUAGCUCUUGCUACAUGUCUAUAUUGAGAAUACAUGUCCCGUGUGUCUAUAUACAAUGUACAGUUCGUUGCCUAUACUCUGAAGGAAUUUAGGGAAGACUUUUUGGCCAGUUGUUAUUUAAAAUAGUUUGUAAAAAUAUGGAGGUGAUGCUUAUCUUGGAAAUGUCUUAAACAGUGCAAUGCAGUGUACAGCGACAGACAACUAUAAAUAAGAGCAGUUUGACCCUCGUCCCCCCACCCCCCUACUUCUCCUUCCACCCCUCUCCUUAUUAUGGCUAGUGGUGGCUCUGGUAAAUCGGCUAGUGAGGGAUCAACCAGCACACCCAGUGGAAGUUUGCAGCAGAGGAAGCGCCUGUCCUCCAUCUGUGACACAUGCAAGGGCAAGAUGCAGCUGGUGGCUGACCUCCUCCUGCUGUCCAGUGAGACCAGGCCGGUCAUGACCUCUGAAGGAGUGGCAGUGGCCGACACCUUUGACCAGUGCCGUGACACAGUCAUCGCCAGAACUAAAGAACUCUCAAUUCUCACCCAUGACAUCCAGAGCCAGCUCAAUAUGGGCCGCUUCACAGAGGUGGGGGACCGUCUCCUGGAGAUGGCAGACCUGGUGGUAUCUUUGACAGAGUGCUCGGCCCAUGCCUCUUACCUUGCCGCUGUGGAGACACUUGGCUCUCAGCCCUGUCUUCCAGGUCUGGUGGACCGUUACAAGGUGACCCGCUGCCGGCACGAAGUGGAGCAGAGCUGCAGCAUUCUCCGAGUUACGCCAUUGUCAGACCUCACCCCCCAGCUCCUCCUUGAGCUGUCUCAGAACAUUUCCACCAACCUCAGGAAUCUGACGGACAUCUCCUCGCUGGCCAGCGAGCGGUCCAGGGACCGCUUUGCAAAAGAGCAGUUCAAACUGAGUGUCAAGAGCAUGAGCACAAGUGGCACAGCCUUCUUGGCAUGUGUCAAAGAGGUGAAGACCCAGCCCAGUGAGCUGACCAGGAACCGCUGUGUUCUCUUUAGUGCAGCUUUGGUCCAGGCUGUCAGUGCCCUGGUUGGGUUUGCCACAGAGCCUCAGUUCUUAGGAAGAGCUGCGAGUAUCUCCACUGAAGGAAAGGGGGUACAGACUGCAGUGUUAGGGGGGGCCAUGAGUGUGGUUUCCGCCUGUGUCCUCCUCACUCAGGGCCUCAGGGAUGUUGCACAGCAUCCUGAGAGCAGCUCGAAAAUGUCUGACUACCGUGAGCGUCUGCGUAACUCUGCGUGUGCUGUGUCAGAUGGCUGCACUCUGCUCACUCAGGCACUCAGAGAACGCUCCUCUCCAAGGACUCUGCCGCCAGUCAACUCUCAUUCUGUGAAUUAGUUUAGGAAGAGGAUUUCCAGUCCCCUCUGUCCUAUUUUGACAUACCAAAGACACUUGGGUUUUCCUGUUCAUCAGAUUUAGAGUCAAUGACAUCAGAAGAAGGCUUUAUGUGGGUCUGUUCAUGUGAUUGAAGUGUGUUUGAAUACAGAGGAGCGCUAAAAACGUUACAGGGUUUUGUGUCGUGCUGGAUGUGGCUCAAACCCUGUUACAAAUGGACACCUUGAGCGCUCUAGGCCCGACACAAGCUCAGCUGACCACCCCUUCACCAACAGAUAGCAGCCUUCAAACCUGAAUAGUUUACCUCAGUUUUGCUCUGGUGAAAACACCAGCCUUGAUGAUGGAUGUAGCCUUGUUGUGUGAACCUAUGGUUGGCUGACCUACUCGAAUACGCAUGCUUUGUGUGAUUGAAAAGAGUGAUCUGAGUGUCUCAAUGCCUGCUUUUGUUUUUUUCAACAUGUGUGAAUUCUCAAUUGGUAAAAAGCUGCUGUGAGUGUGUGCCAUAGGUUUUACACUAUUUACCAGACUUCCCAUAGUAUUUUAAAGUGUUUUGAUCAUGCAUGUAAUGGAGUAUUUAUUUCAAUAAUUAAAGAUGUUUUUUCUGAAAUGCUAAAGCCAAAUUGUCUUAAGGCUCUGUUCACUCAAAUAACAAAAAAAUAAAAAAGCAUCUAGGCGUA